AGUUGUGAGGUUAAUGUCAGAUAUAGCUGGACUAGGAGAGGAGAUGUCAUUCAUGCCAGAGGGUGGGAAUAAUUUGCUACCCUUUGACUCUGGUCAGAAUGAAAGACUCGCGUAACUACACGCACAAUAAAACUGACUUUAUAACACUGAUGUUAGAUUUGAAUCAAGACAGGCUCAAAUCAAUAGAAUAUUCUAAAUGCAAGCCAAAGGGCGAAACAUGCAAUACACAAUCCCUCAUUUCUGCUGCUGAUGAAGUUGAUUUGUCCUGCCCAAAGCUAAGUAAACCAGAAGAGCUGCCCUGAGAGGUUUUAGUGUAAGCAUAGUGACUUAACAUUCAUAUGGCAGCCAGACAGGAAACCUGAGUGAUUGGUAUAGCACACCUUGCUCUCUGCCUGUAAUUAUUAUUAGCUUAACAUUAUGCAUGCUCUAGCAGUGAGCUACCAUGAAGGAGCAGAGCCUAACGCCUAGACUAACGUAUUGUAAUCUUUAAUAAUAAAUGGUUAAAUGAACACGUGUGGUUUCCUGUCUGAAGGUGAGGGUUUUUCAGUGUUGUAUAAAUCCUAUAAUCACGUCAUGGAAAGAAACCAGUGGUCAGUGUGGGGUAAUUUAGCAGACACCUUAACCUUGAAGUGGACAGAAUGGACGCCAUGACAUGAGAAACAUUUACAAGAGAUGGGAGGGGGCUUGAUUUUAGGAAGAGGAGGUGAGUAUAAGAGUGAGAAAGAGAGAGAGAGAGAAACUUACCUUCACACGUACCACCUCAACACACUCACCACCUCAGCUACCGGCAGCAGUGUCCAGUGAUGGAGUCAGCCAUUGGUGUACUCGUGUCCCAGUUCAAGGCGUUUGCUGGAAGUGAUGGAUCCUCAGACACACUGAGCAGAGAUGAGUUCCGGAGCCUGGUCAAAACACAACUCCCCAACUUCGUUAAGAACGCUGAUGACCCAGCUGUCAUCGACCGACUCAUGGACUCAAUUGACGAGAACAACGACGGAGAGCUCACCUUCCUGGAGUUCUGGCAGCUGAUUGGGCGACUAGCAAAUCAACACGGCGGCUUUAUCCAAUAGGAUGUCUCCAUGUCUUGUUCUGUUACUACCAUAUGAUUACAAUGAUAACUUAUUCUAGUGGUAUGGUUAUCCCCAGGUUGUGUUUCUAAAUUGUCAAGUGUUUGCUAAAGCUAUGGAAGAUUGGUCCAGCAAAAUAAAACAUGGAUGAAUCAUA